AAUUUCACUUGGUUUUUUCAACACACAAACUCCAAGCAUCCAGGCAAAUGGCAUCCAUCACUCGCACACUCCAAAGAUCCAAGGACCACGUCGGCGCCACACAACGCACGGCACUGUACGACCUGCACAAGAAGAACGGUGCCAAGUUUGCCCCCUUUGCUGGCUGGGACAUGCCACUGAUGUACGCCGACCAGGGCGCGCUCGACUCGCAUCUGCACACACGCAAGCACGCGUCAAUCUUCGACGUUCCUGAGCACCUGGUCGUCGCCGACCUGCAGGAGCUGCCAGUCGGCGGGUCUACCCUGUCGCUGUUCACAAACGAGAAGGGCGGCAUUGAGGACGACACCAUCAUCACCCAGCACAAGGACUCUCUGUAUGUGGUCUCCAACGCUGGGUGCGCUGACAAAGAUCUUGCCCAUAUGCUCAAGCACGCCAAACUCUUCCAGGACAAGGGCGGCGAUGUUGAAGUCCGCAAGAUUGAGGACCACUCGCUUAUCGCUCUGCAGGGCCCUUCGUCGCAACGCGCCCUUGAGCAGGUAUCUGGCGCCAACUUGAGCCAGAUGCCGUUUAUGACUGGUCAGUUCAUCGAUAUCAAGGGUGUGCAGUGCCACAUCGCGCGCUCCGGGUACACGGGCGAGGAUGGAUUCGAGCUGUCGAUUCCCACGGGCGAGGUUGUCGCUGUCACCGAGGCACUGAUGGCCAACCCUGAGGUCAAGCUGGCUGGACUUGCCGCGCGCGACUCGCUGCGCCUGGAGGCUGGUCUCUGCCUGUACGGCUCCGACAUUGAUUCCACAACCACCCCGAUGGAGGCCAACCUGGUGUGGACUAUCGGCAAGCGGCGUCGUGCUGAGGGUGGCUUCAUUGGUGCAGACAUCAUUCUCGACCAGAUUGCCAAGAAGGGCGGCGACCGCCGUCGCGUCGGCCUGAUUGUCGAGGGCGCCCCAGCGCGCGCCCACUCUAAGGUGCUGAGCGUCGAUGGCGAAGAGAUUGGCGAGAUCACAUCAGGUGUGCCCUCGCCGUCUCUUGGAAAGAACAUUGCCAUGGCGUACGUGCGCAAGGGCUUCAACAAGAAGGAUACUGAACUCAAGGUCAAGGUGCGCAACCGAAUCCAGGAUGUCAAGGUUGUCAAGAUGCCGUUUGUCCCUGCCGGCUACUACAAGCUGUGAGGCGUGGGCAGCUGUUUGGCUGUUUGGCUGUUUGCUUGAGGCGCUGCCCAUAGUGGCUACUUUUUUGUCAUUGUGUUAAUAAUAUAAAUUACAGAAUAAAUAUA